UACAGGCGUGAGCCACCAGCGCCCGGCCAUGGUGAGCCAAUUUCCUAAUGGACAUUCCGAUCAGGUUUGGAUGAAGACUUGCAGUGCUAAUAAUCCCUCGUUUCCCUGCUCCGAAAUAAGCAGACCAGGUACUUAAAACGAAACUUUGAGAAAGGGCUGGCAUCAGGGAGGCUGGAUUCGCCUACCACAGUGAAUCAGGCUGUCACGACACAUCUUCAAUGCCCUGGUGUCAACGUCCUGGAAAAGGGCCUCCAGGCUCCCUGCCCUUUCAGGUUGGUGCUGAGGCCAGAUACAAAGGCUGACGGCCUCCUCCGCACAGCGGACUCUGACCUGGGGAAAGCCGGCAGGGAGCCUUCCCCCCGACUCGAUCGCCCUCAUUCAGCCAGCCAAUGGCCGUGGAGCGGGGGCGGGACCACAGGGCAUCAGGCCAAUGGAAGUGCGGCAGGGAUGCAGGGAGCGCCUUGGUCGCAAGGCUGCUGUGGGUUCGCAGCCCCAGCCCGGCCUGAUGUGGGAACCUGUGGGAACUGAGGCGUGCGCGGCGGCGCUUGGUGGCGCGCUCUUCCUGCUGCUGUUUGCGCUGGGAGUUCGCCAGCUGCUGAAGCAGAGGCGGCCGACGGGCUUCCCCCCGGGGCCGCCGGGGCUGCCAUUUAUCGGCAACAUCUACUCUCUGGCCGCUUCAGCCGAACUUCCCCAUGUCUACAUGAGAAAGCAGAGCAAGGUGUACGGCGAGAUCUUCAGUUUAGAUCUUGGAGGCAUAUCAACUGUGGUUCUAAAUGGCUAUGAUGUGGUAAAGGAAUGCCUUGUUCAUCAAAGUGAAAUUUUUGCAGACAGACCAUGUCUUCCUUUAUUCAUGAAGAUGACAAAAAUGGGAGGCUUACUCAAUUCCAGAUAUGGCCGAGGAUGGGUCGAUCACAGAAGAUUAGCUGUAAAUAGCUUUCGCUAUUUUGGAUAUGGACAAAAGUCUUUUGAAUCUAAAAUCUUAGAAGAAACCAAUUUUUUCAUUGAUGCUAUUGAAACAUACAAAGGUAGACCCUUUGACUUUAAACAAUUAAUAACAAAUGCUGUUUCAAACAUAACCAACCUGAUAAUUUUUGGACAGCGAUUCACUUAUGAAGAUACUGAUUUUCAGCACAUGAUUGAGUUAUUUAGUGAAAACGUGGAAUUAGCUGCUAGUGCCUCAGUCUUCCUUUAUAAUGCCUUUCCAUGGAUUGGCAUCUUACCUUUUGGAAAACAUCAACAGCUAUUCAAGAAUGCAGCUGUAGUCUAUGAUUUUCUCUCUAGACUUAUUGAAAAAGCUUCAGUCAACAGAAAGCCUCAGUUACCUCAGCAUUUUGUUGAUGCUUAUUUAGAUGAGAUGGAUCAAGGUAAAAAUGACCCAUCAUCUACUUUCUCCAAAGAAAACCUGAUUUUCUCAGUGGGUGAACUCAUCAUUGCUGGAACUGAAACAACAACUAAUGUGCUACGGUGGGCAAUUCUUUUCAUGGCCCUUUAUCCUAACAUUCAAGGACAAGUUCAGAAAGAGAUUGAUUUAAUAAUAAGCCCCAGUGGGAAGCCUUCUUGGGAUGACAAAUGCAAAAUGCCUUAUACUGAGGCAGUGUUGCAUGAAGUUUUAAGAUUCUGUACUAUAGUUCCAUUAGGGAUUUUCCAUGCAACCUCUGAAGAUGUAGUUGUGCGUGGUUAUUCCAUUCCUAAAGGCACAACAGUAAUUACAAAUCUUUAUUCUGUGCAUUUUGAUGAAAAAUACUGGAAAGACCCAGAAGUGUUCUAUCCUGAACGAUUUCUGGACAGCAGUGGAUAUUUUGCCAAGAAGGAAGCUUUGGUUCCUUUUUCCCUAGGGAGAAGACACUGUCUUGGAGAACAGCUGGCUCGGAUGGAAAUGUUUUUGUUUUUUACAGCAUUGCUUCAACGAUUUCAUUGGCAUUUCCCACAUGAACUAGUUCCAAAUCUAAAGCCUAGGUUAGGCAUGACAUUGCAGCCCCAACCCUAUCUCAUCUGUGCUGAAAGACGCUGAAAGUACAUGGACAUUUGGAGGAAAAAGAAUGUUAAUGUAAACCUGACAAAAAUCAUAAAAGACAUAGAUUCAUAAACUGUGAAAUGUAGAAGAGCUUUAACCUCAAUGUGUUCAUUUUAUAGCCAAGGAUACAGGAGUUCAAACAAGGGAAGUGAUUCCUCUAAUUCAUGGCAGAGGUAUGUUUUAUUUCAUUCCAUGUUCUUUUUAUUCAAACAUAGUUUAUAUUAUACUUUACAACUUAUAAGGUUUUUCAUAUACUGUCAGCUCUUGACUAUUUGGAGUCAAUUAACUAUGGUAAAAUUGAAUACUACACUUUUAGAAAAAUAAAUUAACACGAAUUAGUAAGUAAUCCAUAAUGGAAAGUAUCUAUUUUUUGAAAUUACAUAAUAACAGAUAUAUUGCAUCUGUGCAAUGGGAAUGCCUUCUCUCUCACCAGUCAAUGAUGAGCUACUAAUUUGAAUGUUGGAAAUCUAACUGCUGAUUCAAGAUGGCAAGUGAGCACACUUAUUUCUCCUUAGAUAUCACUGAAGGAUAGAUCAUAAGGAUAGAAAAAGGAACAAAGGCCUUGAGAAUAGGGGUGGAGGACAAUGUUAGUGGAUCAAAUACUUUCAAGUUCUAGAAGAUAGAAGGUGAAUGGAAAAACAUUGAAGGAACCACAUAUGAAGGAUUCCAUAGAUGAAGCCUGAGGUAGAGAUGGGAGGAUUCUUCACAGGAUAGCUACAAAGAAAAUCAGAUAAGGAGAGGAGUAGGUAAGGAGAGCAAAAGUGGAAAGAAAUCAAGUUGAUUGGGAUAAACAGCUGAACAAUUUGCCCCUGUUCCUACUCUGAUUCCUCCUCUUAUUUGUGCAGCUAUAGAACUUGCCCCCAGUGUUGAAAUAAAAGUCUACAUAAAUUGAGUACCUAUGCCCAGAGAUGGUGGUGCUCCUAUAUGGAAUUUAUGCCCUAUGUUGAGGGUCUCCCUUAUUUUGUCUGAUUUUGUACCUAUAGUUCUAUAUCACCCGAACUAUUAAUCAGGUGUGAGAGUAAGUUUCAAUGAACCGAGUGAUUACUGGAGAAACAUCAGCAAAAAGACUACCAUUGAGCAUUGAAUUUAACUAUAGAACUAAGAAAAAGGUGGCAUAAGUGUGACAAUAAUAUCUAAAUGUUUUAUACUCUGACUGUAGAAAUAAUGCAUCUAACAAAAAAUGAGAAGUGAAAUAAUAGGACAUAGAAUAACUUCUUUGAUUGCUUCAUAUAGUUGGGAGUCAAUGGAUAUAAUUUAAAUCUGACAAAUCAAGCAGCAGAAGUGUAAGCAUAUUGAGGUGUACAAAAGUAAAAGAUAAUAUUGCCUAAAAUUGAGUAGUGAGUAUAGGGAAGAAGAGUGGGUACAAACUAUUUUUUUAUUCAUAGAAGAGAAACAGAUACUAUAAAGAAACAAGGUCCAAAAACAUAAGAAUAAAGAUGGUCACUUAAAGAAACAAAUCCUACUAAAUGUCAGGAACACUAAAAUAAAUUUUUUAGAAAAAAGAAAAAAACAUGAAUUAAGCCCCCCAUACAUGUGAACAAAUGUAAAUGGGCUUAUCUCACCUAUUAAAUAAAUGUAUUCAUGUUUGAUUACAGACCAAAUCCAAUGCUAUAUUAUGUUAUACAGAAGAGAUAACUAAAACAUAGGUUAAAGGUUAAGAAUAAAAGGAUGGGCAAAGGCAUACUGGCCAACAAAAACUAAAAGGAAAUAGAAGUCAUGCUCUUAGUAAAACAAGGUAGAAAUCAAGCCAGAAAGCAUAAGCGAGGCAAAGAAGUACACUUUAUAUUCUAAAGACUGUAAUUCAUAAUGAAGUUAUAGUGUACCAAAUAACAGCCCAACUUUCAUAAAGCAGAAAUUACAAAACAUGCAAGGAGAAAUAUGCUGAAGUACCUUAAUACUAGGAGACUUUAACUUCUCUCACUCUGAGACGUCAAGUGAACAAAAAAUGAUGAUAUGGAAGUCUUAUGCUACAUAAUCAGUAAGUCUGAUACAUAUCAGAUUUUAUACUUGAUAAUGGAGUAUGCCAUUAUCUGUAAUCAAACAAUUGUUACAAGUGCCAUGAUACAUAUCAGAUUUUAUACUUGAUGAUGGAGUAUGCCAUUGUUUGUAAUCAAACAGUUGUUACAAGUGCCAUGUAACAUUCGUGAAAGUUGAGCAUAUAGUGGACCAAAAGUGAACUUCAAUAAAUUCCAAAAGUAUAAAACAUUUCAUUCUCUGAAAAUAAUGCAAUAAGAAUGGGUGUUAAUAGCAAAAUAAACCCCAAAACAAAAUUUCCGUUAUAUCUUGGAAAAAAAAGACAACUAUGAAAUAGUUGGGCAAAGGGGAAAUGUAAACCAAAAUUGCAGAAUUUCUAGAAAAAUUUAAAACUACACAUCAGAAUCUAUGGAAUCUAGCUAAAGUGGUCCUCUGAAGAAAGCUCAUAGCCCUAAAUACUUAUUUCAGUGGAAAAAAAAAAUGUUGAGAAUGAAUUAAGCAUCCUGUUUUUUCAAAUUAGGGAAAAAGACAGCAAACCAAAGGAAAGCAGAAGGAAGAAAUUAUAAAGAAGUUAUAAAUUCCUGUUUUCCAGCUGGAACCAUGAAGGUUCCUGCUUUGCUGGAAACCCUUAAGAAAAAGUGAAGUAAUUUUAAAGAGCUGAAGAUCAAGUACCUAAGAAAGAAGUUUGACCAAAAAAUGUUUCAGAAGACAAGGAGGAAGCCUAUCUAUGAAAAAGCUAAGCACUAACACAAGGAAUAUUGGCAGAUGUACAGAACUGAUACUCAAAUGGCUAGGAGAGCAAAAAAAGCUGGCAACUUUUAUGUACCUGCAGAAUCCUGUAGGUAUUUGUUAAUUAGAAACAGAGGUACCAAUGGUAUAAGCCCAAAGUUCCAAAAGGUGUUGCAAUUUCUUUGCCAGAUCUUAAAUGGCACCUUUGUUAAGCUCAACAAAGCUUCAGCUAACGAUUGUAGAACCAUAUAUUGCAUGGUUGUACCUGAAUAUGAAGUCAGUAAAUGAACUAAUCUAGAAGCUUGGCUGUGGAAAAAUUAAUAAGAGAAUUGCUUUGAUGGAUUACACUCUGCUUAAUCUCUUGGCCAAUAUGGGAUCAUCUGCAUUGGAGAGUCUGAUUCAUGAAAUCUAUACUGUUGGAAAAUGCUUCAAAGAA